UAAGACUAGGGUGUGUUUUCCCUUUAAUCUUAUCCAAAAUGAAAAAGAACAAAAAAACAAUCUUUAGGUCUUGUUUUCUUGAGAUUGAUAAACUUACAAGUUAAAAAGAGUAAAUUUAGUGCACAAAAUGGAAGAAAAAACCAACAAAUCUCAUGUUUUAGUUCUUCCAUUUCCAGUACAAGGUCACAUAAACCCAAUGGUUCAAUUUUCCAAAAGAUUAACAUCAAAAGAAUCAGUUAAAGUGACCUUAAUCACCAUAGACUCUGUUACCAAAUCUAUGCCAAUAUUAGAAUCUAGUUCAAUCAAGAUUCACUCCAUUCCACAUAAUGAUGAAACCCCACCUCAAAGUUAUGAUCUUUUUCUUGAAUGGUUUCAUGUAUUGGUGUCAAAAAAUUUUACAAAAAUUGUUGAGGAAUUGUCUGAUUCUGAGUAUCCUGUGAAGGUUCUUGUUUUCGAUUCGAUAACAACUUGGGCAAUUGAUUUGGCACAUGAUUUAGGGUUAAAAGGGGCUGCUUUUUUUACACAAUCUUGUGCUCUUAGUGUUGUAUAUUAUCAUAUGGAUCCAGAAAAAAAUAAAAUUUGUGUUUUUGAUGAUGAUGAUGGUGUUUGUUUGCCUUCACUUCCAUUGUUGCAAAAACAAGAUUUGCCUUCUUUUGUGUGUCAAACUGAUUUGUAUCCAUCUCUUAAGAAACUUGUAUUCAGCAGGAAUAUCAAUUUCAAGAAAGCAGAUUGGCUUUUGUUCAACUCAUUUGAUGUGUUGGAGAAGGAGGUGAUCAGCUGGCUAAGGACACAAUGUCGAAUCAAAACCAUCGGUCCACUUAUUCCAUCAAUGUAUCUUGACAAGCGACUAAAAGAUGACAAAGAGUAUGGUUUGAGUCUGUUCAAACCUAACAGUGAAACUUGUAUGAAGUGGUUAGACUCGAGGGAAAUUGGCUCUGUUGUUUAUGUAUCAUUCGGAAGUUUAGCCAAUCUUGGCGAACAACAAAUGGAAGAACUAGCUUCAGGAUUGAUGAUGAGCGAUUUCUACUUCUUGUGGGUUGUUAGAGUUACAGAAGAGAACAAACUUACAGAGGAAUUCAUGUCCAAGCCGAAAGAGAAAUGUCUCAUUGUGAAUUGGUGCCCUCAACUCGAUGUGUUGUCACAUCAAGCAGUUGGAUGUUUCUUUACUCAUUGUGGAUGGAAUUCGACUCUGGAGGCACUGAGUUUGGGAGUGCCGAUGGUGGCCAUGCCACAAUGGUCAGAUCAACCAACUAACGCGAAAUUUAUUAGUGAUGUAUGGCAAACAGGAGUUCGUGUUAAGGCUGGAGAAAAUGGUGUAGUGAAUAGAGAUGAAAUCGCGAGCUCCGUAAGGCGAGUCAUGAGGGAAGAGGAAGGUAUAAUGCUUAAAGAGAAUGCAAUUAAAUGGAAAAAAUUGGCUAAGGAAGCAGUAGAUGAAGGAGGAAGUUCAAACAAGAAUAUUGAAGAAUUUCUCAAACUUGUAAUAAACUAGACUUGAAUAUUUAAAUAAAUUUGACAAACUUUGAUCAAUUUAUGCAUCAUGUUCUUACAUUGCA